AUGCAUCAGUACGCAAUCCUCGUCUUUCUUGGGCUCGCUAUCCCAGGUUUUGGGAAGCUGCCUACACCCACCAAUGUCACGAUCGAUUCUGUAAACUUCAAGAACAUUUUAAGGUGGAACCCCCCACCUGGCUUCACGGAAGAUGAAGAUGUAAAAUAUACAGUGCAAUAUCAACUUGAUUUCAUUAAGCGCAGUGAAUACUCUGCUGUCUGUGUGACUCAGCACCUGCAAUGUGAUUUAACAUAUAUCACCUACAGAUUUUAUGCAAGAGUGAGUGCAGCAGUGGGUGACAACCAGUCGGACUGGGUGACAAUACAUUUUGACCCAUACCUUGAAACGGUGAUUGGUCCACCAGAAGUUGUUGUUUCCCCCAGGUUUGGCCACCUGGACAUCAGUAUGUCUGGUCCUUAUCUUGAGUCUAAUAGUGAAAAAGGCUCCAUAAAAGAAAAAUAUGGUGAACUCAUUUACAGACUGCUUUACUGGAAUGAAGAAGACCCUUCUAAUGUUCUGGGUUUAAACACCUCACAAAGUUCAGAAACAUUGGCUACGUUGGAGCCGUGGAGCAGCUACUGCCUGAAAGUACAAGCUUAUUUCCCGGAGAAUGAAAAGGAAGGACAAUUCAGCCCAAUAUUCUGUGAGAAAACUACUGAUGAUGGGAGAAUACCAUGGUGGCAGGUCGCUGCCGCAUUCCUCAUAAUGAUGCUCGUUACAAUGACUGCAACCCUUGGCUUUUGCUUCUUCGGUAUCACAGCAUACAGGAAAUAUUCAUCAUUCCCGUCAUAUUCCAUCCCAGAACAUCUGAAAGAGUAUUUAAGCAAGCCGUUCAAUAGCACCCCAAACCUGCCAACUCAGCCCUCAGAAGAAUGUGGGGAGUCCUGUGAACAACUCACCUUUCUGUCAGAGGAGAGCGAAGAGACAAAGGAAGAGACCAAUGAAAGUGCCUAGAGGACAACUCCACAUUUAACACUAUUCUCCAUAACCUCUCCUUC